AUGGGCAAGCGAUUAAAUUGGGGUGUAGCCGGUGUUGGGAUGAUCGCUCAUGACUUCCUAACAGCGAUGGCGUCUCUGUCGCCUGAACAACACAAGGUUACAGCUGUGGCUGGUAAAGACUUGGAUCGUGUUUACAGAUUGGCCACGCUCCAUAACAUAAGUACGGCCUAUGAAGGCUACGAUGCCAUCGCAGCGGACAGUACAAUUGACAUUGUUUUCGUCAGCGUCCUAAACUUGCAACAUUACGAUCGCGGGAAAAAAAACUGUUUCUCCUCGAAGGGAUGUGGUCGAGGUUUUUCCCUGCAUACGACGCUUUGGACAAGCACAUCACUAGCGGCGGUCUUGGGCGACAUAUAUCAUAUAAACGUGCAAUUCGGCGUGGAAAUUAAUGAUAUUGAAAGAAAUCUGAUGAAAGAUUUGGGCGGAGGCGUCGUAUUGGAUCUAGGUAUAUACAUGUUGCAAUUACUGCAGUUCAUAUAUAAGGAACCGCCAACAGAUAUCAUGUGUACCGGGCACUUAAGUAAGACGGGAGUCGACGAAUCUAUGUCCUGCGCAUUAAAAUAUAAAGACGGUAGAACGGCCACCAUUGCGGCUCAUACUAGAACAUCGCUCGCUAACAGAGCGGAAAUAAAUGGUACUAAAGGAACCAUACAUCUAGACUAUUUUUGGUGUCCAACUGUUUUACACAUAUCAGCAGCGAACAGCACCGAAUGGACGUUGCCGAAGGGCAAAUACAAGUUUCAUUUCCACAACAGCGCGGGACUUGCUUACCAGAUACAAGAAUGUUGGGACUGUAUUAACAACGGUUUGCUCGAGAGUCCGAAGAUGAGUUUAGACGAGAGUAUACUUUUAUCUAAACUCUGUGACACGAUGAGAACACAACUAGGAGUGCUCGACUCCUAG